CCCAGGGGGAUGUUCCUGAACUCGGCUGAAAGCCUCUGAAUGGCAAGGAGCAUCUCCCAUGGUUUAUGUAGUGCUGAGAACAUGACACAAAGGCAGGUAUUUAGUAGACCGUGAUAGGCAUGGUGAUCAUGAUGAUACGGCCGUAAUAAGCAUCCACACCUCCAAGUUCCUUAUUUCUCAAGUGAAACACUGGGGCAAAGAAUGCUGGAAAUCUUCAAAACAUCUAAAACUAUACUGUGAACUGAACUGUAAAGAAGUCCAGAAAACAUCUGAAUGAGAAAACUUCUAUGGAAUCAUCUGUAACAUGUAAUGUCUUGUUACUGUAGUUGUAGGAGAGGGGAAAAAAAUGAAAAACCCAGGAGGGACUAAUCACUCUGACCCUGUGAGUGAAUUCAUUCUUCUUGGCUUCACCUGUACCUGGGCGAUGCAGAUCUUCCUCUUCUCACUCUUCUCUGUGAUGUAUGUGUUGACACUAAUUGGAAACCUGUGCAUUACCUGCACAGUGUGGUGGGACCAGCACCUCCACACCCCCAUGUACAUCCUGCUGGCCAAUUUUUCCUUCCUGGAGAUGUGGUAUGUCACCUCCACUGUCCCCAGUAUGCUAGCCAACUUUCUCUCUGAGACCAAGACCAUCUCCUUCUCUGGCUGCUUCCUCCAGUUCUACUUCUUCUUCUCCAUGGGCACCACUGACUUCUUCUUAUCUGCCAUGGCCUUUGAUAGGUAUCUUGCUAUCUGCAGGCCCCUACACUACCCCACUAUCAUGACAGUUCAACGCUGCAUCAGAAUGGGAGCCUGCUGCUGGGUGUGUGGCUUCUCCUGUUUCCUUUUCCCAGUUUAUCUCACCUCCCAGCUUCCUUUUUGUGGCCCUAAUACUAUUGAUCACUUUUUAUGUGACCCAGGACCCCUCAUGAAGUUGUCUUGUGUGCCAGCCCCUGCCACCGAGACCAUCUGUGCCAUCUUUAACUCAGUCCUAAUUUUCUCCACGUUCCUGUUCAUUACCAGCUCCUACACCCUGGUAAUCAGGGCUGUGCUUAGGGUUCCCUCAGCAGAAGGCAGGCGUAAGGCUUUCUCCACCUGUGGCUCCCAUUUGGCUGUGGUGUCCCUGUUCUAUGGCUCAAUCAUGGUGAUGUAUGUGAGUCCCACAGCAGGCAAUCCAGCAGGGAUUCAGAAAAUUGUGACUUUAUUUUACUCUGUGAUGACUCCACUUUUCAAUCCCCUGAUCUACAGCCUCCGGAAUAAGGAGAUGAAGGAAGCCCUGAGAAAACUGUGUAGGAGCAUGCUAUUUGGUCAAAGACAGCUUCUCAAGUACUAG